GCCUCAGAAGCUAAUUGUGGCCAAUUAAUUUAGUAUAAAACAUGACAUACACAUAAAAGAUAACUUGAAAACGAUUGCAGAUACGAGACAGGGUACCAUCACCAGAGUAGGGAAAGCCGCACUGGCUGUGAGUUUUAAGCCCAAAAAUGUCAGUUGGGUAGAACUAUUUAUCAACAAAGGCCUUUCUCGUGAAGCUAGUAAGCAAACCCAAAUGGCAGCCGUGGCUGCUUCUGCUUCGAGGACUUUCAUCAGCUCCCAUCACAAACUCUUUAUCUCCCCAGUUUCCGCUGGUUCAAAGAUUACUAACCUUUUUCUUAACAAUUAUCGAAACAAAGUUAGGACUUCUGUUUGCUUUUCUUCCAUCAGCUCUCUCCAAUCUUCCCAAGAAAUCCAAAGCCAAACCCACAACCGUUUCACUGUAAUUGAUAUCCUUGAAAAAAGAGGCUUGCUUGAAUCAAUCACCAGCAACAAUCUAAGGUCUCUCGCUUCUUCUCGUGAUAACACUCUCAAAGUCUAUUGUGGUUUCGACCCCACUGCCGAGUCUUUGCACUUGGGUAAUUUACUUGGCAUCAUUGUUCUCUCUUGGUUCCUCCGCUGCGGCCAUCAAGUCGUCGCCUUGAUAGGUGGUGCCACCGCUCGUAUAGGAGACCCAUCUGGGAAGUCACUCGAAAGGCCGGAACUUGAUCUCCAUGAACUGGAUAAGAACACUCUCGGUAUCACUAAUACUAUUUCAACGAUUUUUAAAUCCAGUAAUGUUUUGAUUUUGAAUAAUUAUGAUUGGUGGAAAGAUAUUCACUUGCUGGAUUUUCUCAAACAUGUGGGACGAUUUGCUAGAAUUGGUACCAUGAUAGCUAAAGAAAGUGUGAGGAAGAGAUUAGAAUCAGAGCAAGGGUUGAGUUACACUGAGUUUACGUAUCAGUUAUUGCAAGGAUAUGAUUUUCUAUACUUGUUUCAAAACAAGGGUGUUAAUGUUCAAAUUGGAGGAAGUGAUCAGUGGGGGAAUAUAACUGCUGGGACCGAGCUUAUACGCAAGAUUUUACAACCAGAUAGUGAUAAUGAGGCCUAUGGCUUGACAUUCCCUCUAUUACUUAAGAGUGAUGGUACCAAAUUUGGUAAAUCAGAGGAUGGUGCCAUUUGGCUCUCUCCAUCAAUGUUAUCUCCCUACAAGUUUUAUCAGUAUUUCUUCUCCGUUCCAGAUGCUGAUGUGAUUAGGUUUCUCAAAAUUCUUACUUUCUUGGACUUGGAAGAAAUUAAUGAGCUGGAGAGGGAUAUGAAGAAACCUUGUUACGUUCCUAACACCGCGCAGAAGAGACUUGCACAGGAAGUUACCCGUUUUGUUCAUGGUGAAGAGGGCUUGAAUGAGGCUCUAAAGGCUACCGAAGCCUUGAGGCCCGGAGCUGAGACCAAGUUGGAUGUGAAGACCAUUGAGGCUAUUGCUGAGGAUGUGCCUUCUUGCUCUUUAGCCUAUGAUCAAGUUCUAGAUAUUUCACUUGUUGAUCUUUCAGUUUCUGUUGGUUUGUUUGAUAGCAAAUCAGCUGCCAGGCGUUUGUUGAAGCAAGGUGGACUUUACUUGAACAACAGCAGAGUUGAUAGUGAGAGUAAGAGGGUUGAAGCUCAAGACAUUGUGGAUGGCAAAGUUCUCCUUUUAUCUGCUGGGAAGAAGAACAAGGUUGUUGUACGAAUAUCUUGAUUUGUUUUGGUAGCUUAUAGUUUAUUACAAAUUUGUUCAAUUUAUCUUGUGGAUUGAAUUACUCCCCUCAAAACAAAAUUUUGAAGUACUAGGUGGGCUAUAAAACUUUUAAGAAGCUAUUUAUGAAUAAUUAUUUAAAGUUUCAUUAGUUUAC